GGAAGUCCCGUAGGUUACACCCUAUCCACAUUUCCCCCCAAAACUCCCGCGCAUACCAGCUCUCAGCUAUCUUGCUGUCUGCUGCUGCAGCCCGUGCGCCCUGGUUAUCUUUAUCGGAUUAUUAUUAUUAUCAUCGUUUCUUGCAUGGGCGUUGUUUUUGUCAACAUGAUAAUCUCGAAGGAACCAACCUUGUCUAUCGGAACAUGUGCAAUUGGCCACUCUCUUUCCCCACAUGAUGGCGCGCAGUUUCACUAACCUAACUUGGCAAAACUAUUCUCCUCCCCUCUUUUUUCUCUCUGUUACAAAGGGUUCCGGAAAGGGCACCCAAUCCGGCCGGAUUCAGGACAACUUUGACGUGAACACCAUCUCCUCUGGAGAUCUCCUCCGCAAGAACAUUGCCCAGCACACCGAGAUUGGCAAGCAGGCCGCCAAAGAGAUGAAGAACGGCGCUCUUGUCUCGGACGGGGUCAUGGUCCAGUUGAUUGACAAGGAGCUGAACAAGAUUGGACCCGACCAGAACUGGUUGCUCGACGGAUUCCCCAGGACCAUGACCCAGGCAAAGACUCUGGACAAGACCUUGGAUGAAGUGAACCAGUCCCUCAACCUGGUUAUUCAUCUGGAUGUUCCAGAGGACGUUAUCCUCCAGCGCAUCAUGGAUCGCUGGGUACACAUUCCAUCGGGCAGGGUUUACAACAUGACAUACAACCCACCAAAGAACCACGGCGUCGACGAUAUCACGGGCGAACCUCUCGAGCGCCGACCAGACGAUAAUCCUGAAACCUUCAAGAUUCGGCUGCAGAAGCACCACGAGCUGACAGAGCCAUUGCUGGACUACUACAAACAACGCAACAUCCUCGUCAGCCUCGCAGGAAACACCUCGGACGAAAUAUACCCCCAGAUCCGGGAGCUCCUCCAGGCCCGGUUCAAGCCCGAGGAACCUGUCGAGGCACAGGCCCUGGUCUAAUUAAGGCAAGGAAAUCAGAGACCAUGACAGAAUUGGACCGGUCCAACAUUAUCUCGAGUCGAGCCAAGGGCAACGUAGUCCAGUUGAUGACCCAGGAUGUAUAUAUUCAUUUGUUCCUUCUUUCGUUCUUUCCCUUCUCUCCCUCUCUUUCCGAAAGGACCAAGGUCGUUGUCAAUGCUUGGAUGCGGCGGUUUCCCUCUGCCACCCUCCUUUUUUUUUUACUCCCCACUCUUUUCUUUCUCUCUUUCUCUCUCUUUCGUUGUGCUUUAUUGU